AUCCAUCAAAUGAUCAAAUCUGUACCUAUUGCUACAACUGACUUUACUCCUCUUUCAGAAAGUUUAACAGUACUAAUCUCCUCUGGAACAUUCAUAUGCUACUUGACGGCUGACGCCAAAUUUUGAAAGUAAUCUUAGUGCUCGGUUUCGAUUAGUUGUACCCUGACAGAAGAGUGGACAUGCUUGUUGAUUUAUGGUAAUUGGACAUGGGAUGAGUACUGGGAUCACCCACUUGAAUGCAACCAAGAGUGGUGCGUUGGUGUUUUCGGCUGUUUUGAGAAGGCAAAGGUUCUUGAUAAGAUCUUUAGGAGGUAACCCUGAUCAAAGUUGUGGUGUGAAAAUGAAUGCUUUAGAAGCGGAUGCUAUGAGCAUCAUCAGAAAGAUCACUCCUUCCCUUGACUUAUCGAGACAUAAAGGACAGGCUGGGAAAAUAGCUGUUGUUGGGGGUUGUCGGGAAUACACUGGUGCUCCUUACUUUGCAGCUAUAUCAGCCUUGCGAAUUGGUGCAGAUUUGUCUCAUGUUUUUUGUACUAAAGAUGCAGCUCCAAUCAUAAAAAGCUACAGUCCUGAGUUGAUUGUGCACCCGGUCUUGGAAGAAUCAUAUAGUGUCAAGGAUGAGGAUAAAGGAUUUACUGCUACCAAGGUUCUUUCUGAAGUCAUGAAGUGGAUGGAACGAUUUGACUGUCUUGUUAUUGGCCCAGGCCUUGGGAGGGAUCCGUUUCUUCUGGAUUGUGUGAGUGAAAUUCUAAAAAAUGCUCGCCAGUUGAAUAUCCCACUUGUUAUAGAUGGGGAUGGACUAUAUCUAAUAACCAAUUCAAUUGAUCUCGUGAGUGGUUAUCCUUUGGCUGUGCUUACACCAAAUGUGAAUGAGUACAAGCGCCUUGUGCAAAAGGUGCUCAAUUGUGAAGUAAAUGAUGAAGAAUCUUCAGCUGAGCUACUGUCUCUUGUUAAAGGGAUUGGAGGUGCAACAGUUCUGAGGAAAGGAAAAUCUGAUCUCAUUAGUGAUGGUGAUGAAGUCUGUUCAGUGAGCAUCUUUGGUUCUCCUAGGCGCUGUGGUGGCCAGGGUGAUAUACUUUCUGGAAGUGUCGCUGUAUUCUUAUCUUGGGCUCGUCAGCUUGACUUACUUGUCGAGGGAGAUUCAGAAGUAAGAAGGGCGAUGAACCCAACGGUGAUGGGUUGUGUAGCUGGGUCUGCUUUACUGAGGAAAGCUGCAUCCGUUGCUUUUCAGUAUAAAAAGCGGUCAACUCUUACAAGCGAUAUAAUCGAGUGUUUGGGGAAGAGUUUGGAGGAUAUCUGUCCUAUCUAGUUAUUUUGCUACUUGCUUCAUGUUGGUGCUGCAAGACUUGACGACACUUCACAGCAGCGUGCGUAAUGAUGUGAGACAGUUGCUGCCUUUUCUUCCCGUCUCAUGUGGAUUGUAAAAGAAUACAUAUGAAUAAACCUGAAGUUGAGUUGGUGGAUGUAUGAACUGUUGUACAGCAAUUAGUAACCUGUAGUUUCUGUAUCCAUUCGCAGUAGAGGCGCAUAAAUUGCUUAAUAAGGUGUUUCAGAUCGAAAUUGCAUUACGCCUUUAUCUCAGUCUUUCACGACACUCCUGGUAGGAAUGAAUGAAAUAAUAGAUCUUUUUUUUU